AUGUCGCGUGCCCAGUAUUUGGACUUGCUGCAGCAGUUCACUGGUUUCAGGCCACAGGAUGAGACUGCAGUUUCAGGGGCCAGUCGCAUGGCUUUGACAGCUAUUAGACAGCAUUUGGAGAUAUUGCACCCCGACAUCACCGGCGAGACAGAUGAUCUACAUAUUCACCGGUACACGAGGUUGGUGUUGCUCCUUCUUUUUGGGGGUGUCUUGUUCCCGAACACUUCGGGAAAUCUAGUGAGUUUACGAUUUCUACAUCAUCUUCAGCAGCUAGAUGAUUUACCCCAGUACAGCUGCGGUGCUGCUGUUCUCGCUUACCUGUACAGGCAUAUGUGCCGGGCGAGCAUGGGCACCCAGAGCGACGUUUCUGGUUUUCUGCUGCUUCUACAGCCACCUCUACCACCAUUACCUCCGGAUGUAGAACCUCCGUUUCUCCCUCUAGCUACAAGGUGGGUUCUCCGGCGUGGAAAUUACCGAGCCAUUGAUGCUCAUCAUAAUCUCCCCCUUGUCAGGGAUGUGUUGGAUAUGCUGGAGGGCGCAUAG